GAGCAGCUCCACUUCUUCUGUCCAUUGAUAUUCUAGAGAGAGAGAUAAUGGGCAAUGGAGGGAAGCGACGGUGGAGGCCGCAGGAGAUCUCAUCGUUCCAGUCCACUCGUUCACCGAAGAAGGCGAAGCACUCGCCGCAGAACGAAGACGUCAUGUUCUUCGGAAAACCGGUUCCAGCCGAGGAAGCAAGAAAGAGGUGGCCCCUUCGCUAUCAAUCCAAGAGAAAGGCCAAGCCCGGAGCUUCAUCUAUGGCUUCGGACGACGCUGAGUCCAACGAUAAAUAUGCUCUGCAAGCUAAGUGCCACUACACUCAAGCUGUUGUUGACGGUGUUCCUUUCAAUCUUCUCGACGACGCUUACGUCAAAGGUGAAGAAGGAAAGCCUGAUUUCAUCGCCAAGAUUGUGGAACUUUUUGAAACCAUUGAUGAAGAACUAUAUUUUACUGCUCAGUGGUUCUUUAGAGCUGAAGAUACAGUAAUCAAGCAUCAAUCAAAUCUGAUUGACAAACAAAGAGUGUUUUACUCAGACUUAAGGGAUGAUAAUCCUUUGACAUGUAUUGUGUCAAAAGUAAAAAUUGUUCAACUUGGAGUAAAUAUCAAUUUAGGCAAAAAAGAGAAAGCAAUUUUGUCUUCAGAUUUGUAUUGUGAUAUGGCAUAUUCAGUGCCACACUUCUCAUUUACAACUCUACACACAAAUACUGGAAAUUCAAAGACAGAUAGUGAGGCAUCCUCAAUAAGUGAUGCCAGUUCAAACAGUGCAGCUGAAGAGAGUGACUUAGAUGCUGCAAAGUUGUCUCAAGUGUUCGGAUUUCAAGUGUGUGACAUGACCUUACUGGAUUUGUAUUCCGGAUGUGGAGCCAUGUCAACUGGACUUUGCCUUGGUGCAUCCUUAUCCAAUUUAAAACUAAUCAUGAGAUGGGCUGUUGACACAAAUUCUUAUGCAUGUAAAAGCCUUAAACAGAACCACCCUGAAGCAGUGGUAAGAAAUGAAGCGGCACUAGACUUCCUAUGUUUGCUUAAGGAGUGGGAAAAGCUUUGUAAAGAAUUUCAAUUGAUUAGUUCUCAACAAAAUGAAGAUGUCAAUUCUGAACAGAACAACUUGGGGAAUGAAGAGGAUGAUGAUGUUGAUGAUGGCCCUUUGGUUCCUAAAGGGGAAUUUGAAGUUGGAAAGUUGGUGGCUGUUUGUUAUGGUGAUCCAAACAAUGUUAAAAAACAAGGGUUGUACUUCAAGAUCAACAAAUUUGAGCUUCUGGUUCUCUGUUGUAUAAUUCUGGAGGUGGCUGAGUUUCAAAACUGAGAAGAGAAAACCACCAACAGAGAAAGAAGGAAUACAGCCCCCACAGGCGUAGCACGGAUGGCAGUCAGGUAGCAGAUUGCAGACAAGGAUGCAGGCUCAAGUCAUGGCAGCCGCAGUGUGGGAGUUUCAUCCUCCUAUGGGAGUGGCUCCUUGUGAGCACUAUGCACUGUGCCUCUUAUCUGGUGCGCCGCCGUGUACUGUGAUUAACCCCUCCCAUGUGCGCGGGGCAAUGUGUGGGGGUUCCUUAAGGUGAGGGACUUCACCUUUUGCAGACAAAGAAUACAUAGGAGAAAAUUUUAUAGGCUUCUCAUUGUCCAUUUAGGUCACUUGUUCUGGCUGCAGGGUGUCUCCAACAGUGGGAUAUCAACGUGAAGGCCCCAACUUGCUAUUUUUCCUUGUUCUUUUUUCUUCAUUCAUUAAUUGACAAGCAAGUCCAAUGGAUAC